AUGGAAGAGUUGGCGAUGGUCUUCACGUCUACCAACGGCCCAUGGGAGGAGUGGCUGUGUGUUCAGGUUGGAUGCGGAAAGGCGCAUGGUGUCAGCUUCGCGAAGGCAGCGGAGCAUGCGGCAUCGGUUAUGCAUUGCACCGAGCGUCUCAAGGCGAGAUCGACGAUGCGUCAGAGCAAGGGGAAGAUGAACCUCCUGGUGGUCAAGAAGGAGUUUGGGAUGGAGAAUCAGCGCAUGCUGGAGGCGUGGGCUGGUUUCGACCUCAGAGAUGAUAUCCGGGCGCUCAACCCCGGAGAGAGGCAGUACACGUUCAAGGCGAGGCCGCUGAAGAAAGAACUACACCUGGUGAUAUCGGGGGAGCAGCACGGCUUCAUACCAGGGAGGAGCUUUGCAUACGCAGUUUCGGUUGUAGCUGACACGGUGGAAGCCGCGGACAACGGGGGGGAGGACUGGUACAUCCUCAAGGUGGAUUUCCAGAAGGGGUACGAUACGGUGGCGAGGCCGUACCUCUUUGAGACAAUGGACAAGCUGGGCAUACCGGCGGAGUUCAUUCGGUGGACAGAGGGGCUGCACCACGGCUUCUGGACGAGGUUGGCGAUUAACGGCUGGGUAGGAGAGAGGGUGGAGAUGCAAAGAGGUGUGCGACAAGGGUGCCCCCUGGCCCCGUACCUCUUCCUGUGCGCCCUUGAGCCGCUGUGCCAAAAUAUCAAGGAAACGAAUCUGGGGUUGAGCGCGGAAAGGGCGACAGAACUGUCAUAUGUCGGCUAUGCGGACGAUACGACGCUGAUCCUGAAAAGGGAAGAGCAGCUGAGGGAAGCGGAGGCAGUUUUGGAGCAGUUCGGGGCGAUGUCAAGCAUGCGAACGAACAAAGACAAAUCAGUGGUCAUGCCGCUGGGAAGGAACAAAUGGAAGAGCGGAGCAGAAGGGGUGAAUUUCAAGUGGGCAGCGGAUGGGGUGCCGGAACGCAUGCUCGGGAUAUGGAUCACGCCGAAUGGAGAUGCAUGGCCAUCCUGGGGGAAAGCGUGGGAAAAAGGGAAAACGGAGUUAGUCAAGUGGGAGAGUCAGCAUCUGCUGACAGCGGCGAGGGUGAUAGCAAUUAAUGCUUACAUCAUGCCGAUCUUUAUCUUCCAGGGGCAGGUCUACCCGCCGCCGGAGGAACUCUGGAAACACAUCAAGAAGACGUGCGACAAUUACGUCUCCAGUAGGGAGGCCACAGCGGAUAAGUAUUUCGUGCUGUGGAGUGGAGAGUUGGCGCGCCUGCCAAAUAAAGAAGGGGGGUUGGGGUUGAUAGACCCCAAAGCGAGAAUCGACAGCAUGGCGGUCAGAAUGCAAUGGCCGGGCGGCAGCCAGAGAUGGAAGGCGGCGGUCGGGGCGUUCUGGGAGUCCCCGUAUGCGGAGUUGUCGGAGUCAAAAACCGGUUGGGAGGUGGAGCAAGCAAAGGUGUGCUUCAACCGCAAAGUCAUGUUCAGGGGGAAGAGCCCUUACGAGAAUCAGCAGGGCAUGGAGGGUAUCAGAGAGGCGAACUUUGGCGUCCUGGUGAAGGAAGGGCCGGGGGGGGGGGGGGGAGCGCACAAUGAAGAGCAAGGAGACUGUGAGAACGGAGCUGGAAGGGGUAGCAACAGCCAGAUGGGCGCUGAUGGCAUAUGUGGCGAUGUCGGAGGAAUGGAAAGCGAUGGUCAUGGCAAGCAGAACAGCGGAGGCGGUGGCAGCAGUGGCGGAGGUCGUAAGGACGUACCUCCGUAG